AUUUCUUUCACUGAAUCGUUGAGUUUCAUUUUCUGGGUUCUGAAUUGAAGGCUUGAUCUCUUGUUCGCAGGGGCUCUCAGCCUUUUCUUUUCUGGAGCUUUACCAAUUCGAAAUGGAGGUUCCAGAGAUGAAAGGCAAGACUGAAAGUCAUACGACAUCAGCAGUGGCCUUUGUGGAAGGGGGGAUUCAAGAAGCCUUUGAUGAUGCUUGCAGUAUAUGCCUUGAGGAUUUUUGCGAGAGGGAUCCUGCAACUGUCACCAAUUGCAAGCAUGAGUUCCACCUGCAGUGCAUUCUUGAAUGGUGUCAGAGAAGCUCCCAAUGUCCUAUGUGUUGGCAACCUAUUAGCUUGAAGGAUGCUACCAGUCAAGAAUUGCUUGAUGCAGUAGUGCUGGAGAGGAGCUUGAGGGUUACCCCAUCAAGAAAUGCUGUGAUUUUUCAUUAUCCUGCCCUUGGUGAUUUUGAAUUCCAGCAUUUACCCAUUGGUGUAAAUGAUGCUGAUAUUGAAGAGCGAAUACUUCAACGUUUAGCUGCUGCUACAGCACUGAGGAGAGCACAACACCUAGGUCAAAGGGAAGAUCGAAGAACUAGGCCAUUUGCUCAUGGCCGUCCACGUGUAUUAGUAUUCUCAACUCAGCCUAGUGCACCUCCAUCAGGUCCUGAUUCAGCUGCCGGAGGGGGAAAUGAACCAGCCGCAAUUCCUGUAGGAAGUCCGUCUACCCCACUUACAUAUGAUGGAGAUGAAGCAUCACCAUCCCAGCAGAUCCCACAUUUUCGAGCUCAGGGCUCUUCUCUAACUCCUGGUUCUUCUGUUAUGGCAACAAAUCUUCAAGGAAUUUACUCUAAUGAUAGAAGGUCUACUGCUCAUUCUACUACUGCAAACCAAGAUAGAGCAGGGCCAUCAGAAUUCCAGUCAUUUUCUGAUUCACUGCGGUCCAGAUUUAAUGCGGUGUCCCUGAGGUACAAAGAAUCAAUUUCAAAGGGCACAAGGGGAUGGAAGGAGAGGCUGCUCUCUGGUAAUUCUUCUGUGUCAGAAAUUGGUUCAGAAGUUAGGAGAGAAUUGAAUGCGAAAAUUGCUAGUGUUUCCCGAUUGAUGGAGCGCCUUGAAACCCGAGAAAAUAAUCAGGCUGCUGGUACUUCUUUGUCCAUUGCAGAGACAAGCAACCAGAACAAUGAGGCACCUCGUGGAGAGAACUCUUUGCAUGACAACAAUACUCCAGCUACUUGUUCUGCUAGCUCAGAUUCAAAUUGAGCUCUAUUGUGCUUCUGUGAAUACAUCUUUCCGUAGCAUAUCAUUUGAAGGCUAACUGUUUGCCCAGACAUGACAUACUGAGGAACAGAUGCUAUGGGAUAGUCAUGGCAGUUGGUUUUCAAUAAAAAUUAGGAUAUGAAAUACACCUUUACCUAAUGCUAAAACUCUUGUUUUUAUGUACAUAGUAUGCUGGUAACUCUGAGGAGUAUGUGUUUAAGGUGUAAUCUAACAGAGAAAGUGUUUUGAAAUUCAAUGGAGUUUGUGUCCAUAAUCUU